GAACUACCUCUGGUUUAAACACUCGAUUUCUUUCUUCACAUCCCUGUCGUGCUGAACCCGUCCUUUUCCUAAGCCACGAUUUUUCUUGAUGCGCAAGUAGUCGCGCCGGUGUCUCCAAUAUGGUCUCGCUCAACAGUAUGAAAGAUGGCCCCCAAGUUUCAACUACCUAUGGCGAUGAGGCGGCGCAAGGAGGUCACUUCGUGCCCGCCAAAUAUCGGGGUACUGUGAAGGAUCAGGCCGACAUGAGUGCUCUAGGCCGAGAGCAGGUGUUGCGUAGGAAUUUCCGGUUUAUCUCUAUUGUCGGCUUUGGUUGCACAUUGAUCGCAACAUGGGAAGUUAUCCUGACACUACUGGAGCAAGGUCUGACCGAUGGAGGUACCGCUGGCUUGAUCUGGGGUUUCCUCAUCGUCGCGUGUGGAUUUCUGCUGGUUUUCCUCAGUUUAGCUGAAAUGGCUUCUAUGGCCCCGACAUCUGGAGGUCAAUACCAUUGGGUAUCAGAAUUCGCACCUCCUAGUUGCCAGAAGUUCUUGAGCUAUAUCACCGGUUGGCUGUGUGCUAUGGGUUGGCAAUGUGCCAUCGUCUCAAUUGCCUUCCUUGCGGGAACUAUUAUUCAGGGCCUCAUUGUUCUCAACCAUGAUGAUUAUGUCUUUGAGCGCUGGCAUGGAACGCUUUUGGUGAUUGCCAUCACCUUCUUCGGAAUCUUGUUCAAUACCUUCCUCGCCAAGAAGCUGCCUUUCGUCGAAGUCCUGAUUCUUAUCCUCCAUGUCGUCGGGCUGUUUGCCAUCAUCAUCCCUCUCUGGGUUCUCGCACCUCGCAGAACCGCCAAGCAGGUCUUUACGGAAUUCAACAACGGUGGUGGGUGGAACAGCGUUGGAACAGCAACAUUAGUUGGAUUUUCCACUACUAUCACCGCCUUAAUUGGAUAUGACUGUGCCGUGCACAUGUCCGAGGAAAUCAAGGACGCAUCAGAGACCCUCCCGAAGGCAAUGAUCACUUCCGUUCUCAUUAAUGACUGUGCGGGAUUUCUCAUGCUGGUGACGAUCUGUUUCACCUUAGGUGAUAUCAACGACGUGCUCGCAACCCCCACCGGGUACCCAUUUAUUCAAGUCUUCUACAAUGCCACCAAUAGUCUUCCCGGCACGAACACCAUGACUGCAAUCUUGGUUCUUACGCUCACGGCUAGUACGAUUACCGAAUUGGCCACGGCCUCUCGGCAGCUUUGGUCUUUUGCCCGAGAUGGAGGUCUUCCCUUUUCUGGGUUUUUUGGAUACGUUACUCCCGGGUGGAACAUUCCUCUUAAUGCGGUGAUGGUUUCUCUGAUGGUAACCGUUCUCCUAUCCUUGAUCAACAUCGGUUCAACAACGGCUCUCUUGGCUAUCGUCACCUUGACCAUCGGAUCACUCAUGUCUUCAUACGUUAUUACAAUUGGGUGCUUGCUGCUGAAGCGGAUCCGUGGCGAACCCCUUCCACCUCGUCGGUGGAGCCUCGGUCGGUUUGGAAUGGCCAUUAACAUCGGUGCCUUGUGUUUCUUAGUACCAGUGUUUGUGUUCGCUUUCUUCCCCCUGACAUCGACAGUCGAUCGAGAAUCGAUGAACUGGUGCGUGGUGAUGUACGGCGGCAUUAUGCUUAUUGCCAUUCUAUACUACAUCUUCCGCGGCCGGCACGUCUAUGUUCCUCCCGUUGCGCUGGUCAAGCGUGAGAUGUGAAGUUUUAUCAUUUUGCUACUAGGGUAUACUCACCUAAUUUCUAAUCAAAAAUAGAUAGCAUAGAAAUAAUUCUUGUGUCGAGUUGCUCUCUUGAAGACACGUCUGUCCCACACCCACAACCAUUAGUUUCUUGUUCUUCUCUUUCUUUUUUAAGAGAAAAUUCUGCUAAACUUCAGCCCCUCAUAAACUCCCUGCACAGUGCAACCUCACCCUCUCUGGGUUCCGGCGAAUAAGCAGGCCAAACCGGCUGGAAGGCCCACUGUAGUUCCACCAACGACUCCACAUAAAUCGUGCGCUUCACCCAGAGCCAGAUCACUCAGGAGACAGGAACUUCGAUAGUGAGGAUCCGCUCAAAGCUUAUUACGAAGCUCUCUUGGUCGGAGUGCCGAUCCCGUGGUGGAGACGCU